ACAGUCUAAAUUAAACCAACACAUCCGCUCAACCAAAGCCGCGCAGGCGGAAGCGAUGAUGAGCGCGCAAGGCUUGAAGAAGGCGAUCGAGAGAAAUGAACGAUUAAGCAAAGAGAAUUCACGUUUGGAGGAUCAAUUGAAGAAAAUGAAAGUCAUUGCAAGUAAAGGGCAAAUGGCUAUCCAUGUCGCCAAGCAGGCGGAAGAUCGUGCGCGUAAGUUGAACAAUGAGGCUACAAAAUUAACCGAGGAUUUGAAUUUCUUUAAAGAACAACACCAAAUGCGAAAGUUUUCCUUCGCUUCCAUGGAGGAGGUUCUGGUCGAGACGGCUUUAAAUGAUUUGGUUCCUGGGGAUACCGGUUUGACCGUUGGCCAGUUCUUGGUGGCGAACAUGAACAACGAAUCGUGUCGAAGAUUGCUACAUUUGUCGCAGAGCUUAAGGCCUUCAACUCACAGAGCUCUGUCUCUGGCUGCUCAAAUCAAGACCCUCGAGGAAAACAAUCGACAGCUUCAGAUUCGCCUCUCGGUAGCACAAGGGGAGGUCAUACUAUUGUCGGAUGAGAUUGGUCGGCUGUUGGAGGACAAAGAAGACAGCAGACCAGACCCAGAUUUUGCCAGGAAACCACCGGCUAGUAGUUCAUCCGUGAAGUUGCGUCAAAACAAAAGACCAAGGGAAUCGUCGAAGUCGGAAGAUUGAUUGUGGCUUCAUUGUCCUUCAUGUUUA